AUGAAACAACUGAUAGGGUUAAUAAUUUUCGGGAGGUUAACCUUGGAGAAAUCAAAUACAACGCGUGAAAAGAGCACUUUAGCAGAUGCACUCACGCCGCGGCAGAUUGUUGAGGAAUUGGAUAAAUAUAUUAUCGGGCAGUUUGAGGCAAAACGUUGUGUCGCUAUUGCCCUCCGCAAUCGCGCCCGGCGACAGAUGUUAGAAGAAGAUAUACAAGACGAGGUAUCGCCUAAGAACAUUAUCAUGAUAGGUUCAACAGGUGUCGGCAAAACGGAAAUUGCACGCAGGCUUGCACGUCUUGUUGACGCGCCUUUCAUCAAGGUAGAAGCGUCAAAAUAUACCGAAAUUGGCUACGUUGGUCGCGACGUUGAAUCCAUGAUUCGUGAUCUCACUGAGACAGCCAUUAGCCGCGUCAAAGCCGAACAGACCGAGGCAGUUGAGGAAAAAGCACGGGAAUUCACUGAAGAACGCCUCCUUGAUUGUAUCUUUCCUAUUCCACGCUCUUUGCAGGAGCGUCCUCGCUUAGAAAAGGAUAUGCUUGACGAACCCGAAGAAGAGGAUGAUGACGUGGUCCUCCAGCUGCCUUUCGACCUUGGACCCGAUGCGGAAACCGAAGCCGAAGAAGACCGAGAUAAAGAGCGAGAACGGCACCUCAAAACCCGCGAGAAAUUUAGAGAGUGGCUACGCGAAGGUAGGCUUGAGGAUAAACCCGUUGAAAUCAAUGUCAAGGAUCAGAGUAUGCCUUUUGUUGAAAUCUUCUCGCCCGGCGGCAUUGAGGAGAUGGAUAUCAAUUUUAAGGAUAUGUUUAGUAACAUCCUCCCGAAUCAGACCAAGAAACGACGGAUUCCGGUCUCCGAGGCACGCACCAUCCUGAUGCAAGAGGAAGCCGAAAAACUCAUUGAUAUGGAUGCUGUUAUCAGCGAAGCCAUUCAGCGCGUUGAAAACUCCGGUAUUGUCUUCUUGGACGAAAUUGACAAGAUCGCAGGUAGAGAAUCUCGACACGGACCCGAUAUCUCGCGGGAAGGUGUGCAACGCGAUAUCCUGCCCAUCAUUGAAGGUAGCACGGUGACAUCGAAAUACGGCGCAGUGCGCACACACCACAUUCUGUUCAUCGCCGCCGGUGCGUUUCAUGUUUCAAGUCCGUCUGACCUCAUCCCAGAGCUACAGGGUAGAUUUCCGAUUCGAGUAGAACUGAAAAGCCUCAAUAAGGAUGACUUCAAAUCUAUCCUAACGGAACCGAAAAACGCGUUAGUGAAACAGUACGUAGCACUCCUUAAAACUGAAGGGAUAGAAGCGACUAUCACCGACGACGCGAUUGACAAAAUCGCCGCGCUCGCUUUCCAAGUUAAUGAAUCGGUUGAAGACAUCGGCGCACGCCGCUUGCACACCAUCAUGGAGAAACUCUUUGAAAAUCUCUUUUUCGACGCACCUGACCUCGAUAAAGAAGAAGUUACCAUUGAUGCCGACCAUGUCCAAUCAGAGUUGGCUGAAAUCGUUCAAGACCAGGAUUUGAGUAGAUAUAUCCUUUAA